CCCACCCACUACACCACCCCUAAGAGUGCUCGAGGCAAAGACUUCAUGCCCAGGUGAUCCACUCUGUGAAGCCGAGCUCUUUUGCGACGUGGCAGUAUCAGCCGCAAUCACUUACCCGGUAAAGAGUCUCAGACUGGACAGAGAGGGCGAGACUUAGGAAGGUGUGAGACGCUGACUUACCAAACAAUGUCGACUGUCCUGAUACUACUGUGUCUCUGUAGCCUCGCCUUGCGGACCGCCGCGGACGUAAACGUGUUGACCCCAGAACUGACCUCUAAAAUUGAAGCGUACGUGAAGGAAUUUAUGCAGUGUCGUGGGGUUGUAGGUCUGUCCUUGGCUGUCGUCAAAGGCAACGAGACCUGGACUCGAGGGUUUGGCAUGGCCGACAAACCGUCGGAGCGACCGGUCAAUUCCUCCACCUUGUUCAUCAUCGCGUCGGUGACCAAGGCCUUCACCUCAACUCUCCUGGGUAUGCUGAUGGAUGAGAGCAAGAGUGGAUAUACAUGGAAGACACCCAUCAAAGACAUCCUUGGCAGCGACUUUCAGCUGUUUAACGACUACAUCACCAAUCAUACGACAGUCAAGGACAUUUUGACACACAGGACAGGUUUAACCGACGCCUCCUUACCAAUGUAUGCUGGAUUUAUCCCGGAAAUGUCCAGGCAAAAUUUUACGAGACUGCUGAAGUAUUUACCUGCAUUGAAGGCGUUUCGUGACGAGUAUAACUACAACAACUGGAUGUACGCACUGGCCGGUAGGAUCGCCGAGGUGAUGGGUGGAUCCUCCUGGGAGGAGCUUCUCAAGCAACGUAUCUUUCAUCCAUUGCAGAUGAAUGACAGCCGAAUCGUCGGCUACAAUGUCGAUGUGGAUGCAGAUAACUUUGCUUUGCCUUAUGUUUGGCUUAGGAAUGAGGUGGUGGUAUCAGACAAGGUGAUUUACAGAAGCGCACCAGCGGAGCCCUCGAUCGCAAUCGCGUCCUCAGCAGACGACAUGGCCAAGUGGUUGUCUUUCCACUUGCAGAAAGGGGUGACGAUGGAAGGAGAGCCUCUUCUUGUGAAGGAAACCCUCGAGGAAACAUACAAGUUGCAGAUAGCUCUUCCUCCUGGCUACUGGGACACGGACUACAUGAACAAGCCUGAGUACCCAGAAGCCUUCAGCAGCUUCGGCUAUGGUUUCGCCUGGGAUUUAUCUACCUACCGAGGUUACCGAGUGACUUCGCAUGCAGGAGCCUACCACAGCUACAAGUCCUAUCUGGCCCUUUUUAGAGACGUUGACAUAGGAAUCUUCAUCACCACCACCGCUUUGCCCGAACCAAUUAGUCUCGCACUCGACGAGAUCUUCUUCUACAUCGCUGACUUGCUUCUUGGAGAAGAUCCUUGGCUAAACACAACCACCUCCCACCAAUACAUAGGAUCCUGUAUUGGUGCAUCAGACCAAACCUCUUCCAACACUAUCAACGAAACUGAAGUUGUCCCAGGUCUCGUCGAAAAUCCUGAAAUGUUCGAAGGAACAUACGGUCACAGGCUGUUCGGGGACAUUGUCAUCUACCGCAACACAAGCGGCGAACUUCUGGUCAAGUACGGAAACGUCUUGGGCAGACUGCGCAAGACCAGCGAUGGCGAGGUCCUGCUGGCUGAGCUCUAUGGUCCUUUUGAGUUUUUAUCCUAUACAUUAUACGUCGGGAUGACCUUCCUCUCGCCAAAUGACGAUGGACAAUACAAGUUUCUUGUGGUCAGCUUCUCCGGUGACCCGCUUCUAUACCAGCGUGGAAUCAGCGUUUUUGACCUCCUAUAAAACAGGAUCUCCAUCCUGCAUGCGAAGACGACGAUAGAAAGUGUCCAUGGCCUGUCCAGAAGCGCCUGACCUGUCUUCACCUUCAAAAGAGAUUCACAGAGAGCUGUUGAUACAACAGUGUCCUCCCAUGAGCCUCAUUGAAUGGAAAAUUUGAGCACUUUCUCUUUCAAGCUUGAUCUUUUUAAUUCUGAGAAAAAAUAUGAUAAUUGAAAUUCCAUAAAAUUAAAAGAUGUAAUGGAA